AUGUCAGAUUCUAACCACACCUGCACCUCCUUCUUCCUGGCCGGCUUCCCGGGGCUCGAGGCUGUGCACGCCUGGCUCUCCAUCCCUCUGUGUGCCAUGUAUGUGACUUCUCUGGCAGGAAACAGCCUCAUCCUGUGGGUGGUGAGGACAGAGCCCUCCCUGCACCAGCCCAUGUACUACUUCCUGUCGGUGCUGGCGGUGACAGAUCUGGGCCUCUCUGUCUCCACACUGCCCACCAUGCUUCCGCUCUACAUGCUGGGUUUCAGGAGGGUGGCAGUGGACGUGUGCCUGGCCCAGCUGUUCUUCAUCCACACCUUCUCCUUCAUGGAGUCCUCUGUGCUGUUGACCAUGGCCUUUGACCGUUUUGUGGCCAUUAGCAACCCUCUGCGCUAUGGCACCAUCCUCACCAGUCCCCGCAUCACCAGCUUGGCCCUGGCCAUCGUGGUGCGCAGUGCCAGUCUGCUCAUCCCCGCCCCCAUCAUGCUGAAGAAGCUGCCUUACUGCCGCAACCACCAGCUCUCGCACUCUUACUGCCUUCACCCCGAUGUCAUGAAGCUGGCCUGCGCUGACACUCGCGUCAACAGCGCCUACGGCCUCUUGGUGGUUCUCUCCACGCUGGGUGUGGACUCGGUGCUCAUUGUUCUGUCCUAUGGGUUGAUCCUCCAAACUGUGCUGUCCAUCGCCUCCAAGGCUGAGCGCCUCAAAGCCCUCAACACCUGCGUCUCCCACAUUUGUGCCGUCCUGCUCUUCUACAUACCUCCCAUUGGCCUAUCCAUGAUCCACAGAUUUGGGAAGCGAGCUUCGCCAUGCACCCUUGUGCUGCUCUCCUACCUACACUAUCUCACCCCUCCAGUGAUCAACCCCAUUGUCUACACUGUCAAGACAAAGCAGAUCCGAAUAAAGAUGCUGCGUCUCUUCCAGGGCAGGGGAAGUAGCAGUGUGGGCAAGGAGGGUAAUUAA